GCGCGAGGUGGUGGGCGGCAAGGCGCGUCGAUCGGAGCCCGGCCCGGGGGGCGGGGCCUGCGGCGGGAGCGGAGCGAGCGGCCCGGCGGGAGAGCGAGCAUGAGCGGCGGGGCGGGCUGCGGCGUGUGAGUGGCCGGGCGGGGUCCGCUCCCCGGGGAGCGAUGGGGCCGGGCAGUCGGGGCAGGGGCCGCGGGGCAGAGGCUGCGGGGCGGCCCUGGAGCGGCGGGGGCCGUGCGCUGCCCGGCGGCCCCGCGGCUCGGCGGCGGGCCCCGCGUCGCCAUCUCCUGUCGCCGCUGUUGGUGCUGCUCCUGGUGGCGGGGGCCGAGAGCCAGGCGAGCCCCAGCUCCGACCCGCUCGGCGUUGGCUCCCCCGCCGGCCCCGGCCUUAGCCUCUACAUGAGCGAGGAGGAGGUGCGCAGGCUGAUUGGUCUUGAUGCAGAGCUAUAUUAUGUGAGGAAUGAUCUUAUUAAUCACUAUGCAUUGUCCUUCAAUCUGUUAAUACCCAGUGAGACCAACAGUCUUCAUUUCAGUUGGCAUGCUAAAUCCAAGGUUGAAUAUAAACUGGGAUUUCAGGUAGAUAAUGCUAUGGCUAUAGAUAUGCCUCAGGCGAACAUUUCUGUACAAGGAGAAGUCCCUCGUGCAUUAUCAGUGUUUCGUGUUGAACUCUCCUGCACGGGCAGACUAGACUCUGAGGUUACAAUAUUAAUGCAGCUCAACUUGACAAUAAAUUCCUCAAAAAAUAUCACAGUCUUAAAUUUCAAACGAAGGAAAAUGUGCUACAAAAAAUUUGAACAAGAACUAAAAACUCCAACAUCUGACAAAAACAGCAGCAAAGCUAUUUUUGAUCCUGUAAAUGCUGCUCCCACCACUUCUACCCGUGUGUUUUAUAUCAGCGUAGGGGUUUGCUGUGCUGUUAUAUUCCUGGUGGCUAUAAUAUUAGCUGUCUUGCAUCUUCAUAGUAUGAAAAGAAUAGAGUUGGAUGACAGCAUUAGUGACAGCAGCAGCUCACAAGGUUUAUCCCAGCCCUCUACACAGACGACACAGUACCUGAGAGCUGACACCCCUAACAAUGCCACACCAGUAACCAGCUCCUCAGGUUAUCCUACGUUACGGAUAGAGAAGAAUGAUCUUAAGAGCGUCACCUUGUUGGAGGCAAAAGCUAAAGUGAAGGACAUAGCAAUCUGCAGAGAGAGGAUAACUCUAAAAGAUGUACUCCAAGAAGGCACCUUUGGACGCAUUUUCCAUGGAAUUUUAAUAGAGGAAAAAGACCCCAGUAAAGAGAAACAAGUUUUUGUCAAAACAGUCAAAGAUCAAGCCUCAGAAGUGCAAGUGACAAUGAUGCUGACAGAAAGCUGUAAACUCCGAGGCCUUCAUCACAGGAACCUGCUCCCUAUCACCCAUGUCUGUAUAGAAGAUGGGGAGAAACCCAUGGUGCUGCUGCCUUUCAUGAACUGGGGGAACCUUAAGCUGUUCCUGCGCCAGUGCAAGUUAGUAGAGGCCAACAAUCCUCAGGCAAUUUCCCAGCAGGAUCUUGUUCAUAUGGCUAUUCAGAUUGCCUGUGGAAUGAGCUAUUUAGCCAGAAGGGAGGUCAUUCACAAAGAUCUGGCUGCUAGAAACUGUGUCAUUGAUGAUGCACUUCAGGUCAAGAUUACAGACAAUGCACUAUCCCGAGACCUAUUCCCCAUGGAUUAUCAUUGUCUGGGAGAUAAUGAAAACAGGCCAGUGCGGUGGAUGGCUCUUGAAAGCUUGGUUAACAAUGAAUUUUCCAGUGCUAGUGAUGUGAAUGGAAGUGUGUGAGACCUACAACAGAAUAAUUUUCGCACACAGGAGCAGUACUGAAAAGUAAGCUUGAGUGUUUCUUGAGCACAUUACCCUGAUGGCCUUCAGCUUGUCAUACAGCUGUUUGUAAUCUUAAUGGUUCAGAAUUUAUAUACUGUACAAACCCUUACAUUUUGAAUUCCCACUUCCUUGAGACACAUUACUUGUGAAUUUAAUGCAUAGGGCAUUUAGUGUAUAUUAGUAUUCUUUUUACACUAAACAUCUUCAAUACAUUCAUCACAUAGAGCAAGCUAUUAAAUUGUUGCUCUUAUCCCCCAACACAACUGUCCAGUCUGUAAAUCCUUGACAUAUAGACCAUACCAUGUAUUAAAAAAAUUCUCCUUACCAGUUUGAGAUCAAAUUGCUCUUUUCAGUCUGCCCUGGGUUUUUUAUUGAAGGUCCUAUUCUGAGAAGUGAAAAGGAACUCUUAUGCAAUGCUAAGUAAUAUUCGCUCCUAUUGAUACUGGUGGUUGCCGAGUGCUGAUCAGUUUGCAGGAUUAAUGCCUUACACGUUUUCCUUCAUUAAGACUUUCAACAACCAGAGAUAUUGGAAAGAACUGUUUUUUCAACAACCAAUAGUAAGAGCGACUGUGGAGAAUCUUGGUUAAGAUUGGGUGCAGUAGUUUGAGCACUAGCCAGUGAUAAACGACACAGCCAUGUGAUCUGGUUUUCCUGCCAUAGAGUAAUUUCCAUUUAAUGAUGUCACCUUUACAGUUUUGAUGCAGUGAGGUGUUGUGCAUUUUUUGAAACCUCAUGUCCCAUCUAUUUUAGAAGUCUUCUCAAAUUUUCUAACUGCGUGUGUACAUAACUCGUAUUCCAUUGAAGUUUCCCAUUCUCUUGCAUAUUGCCAUAGUUCCUAUGUUAGUAAACAAGACUUUGAAAAAGGGUCAGCUCCACUUCAGUGUUAUUUCUAUAUUAGCAUAAAAAUAUAGUUCUUCUAAAGCCUUCUUGUUUUGUAAUUUGAGUAGAUUAUCAUCUGAAAUAGCCUGCAUUGGCUGGAGUUGCUGUAUUCAGUGGAAUCAGUACAAUGUAUCCAUUUCAUCUUCAAUAUUAAACCUUCACUAGUGUGAACGUGUUCUGUGAAGAUCAGACUAGAGGUAAAAUUUUCAAGUGUAAGUGACUUUAGUAUCUGUGUCCUAAACUUUCUGUGGGACUUGGGCACUUAAAUCACUUAAGUAAUCUUGAAAUUUUACCCUGGACUAGUGAAGUGCUCUCGGUUAGGAGAUACCAUGAGCCAUGGUGAACAUAAAAUAGUGCAUGUCUUGCCACUUUUGUUGUCAUGGAUGUGUACAUGUGUAUCAUUUCUAAUAUAUAAAAUAGCGCAUUGAAGCUACAUGGUUUAUACUCACCCCUAGCCACUUGAACACUGUACUUAUCAGCUCCACCACUUCUGUUGAGCCCCUUCCCUGGAACUCCCCAGUCUACAACACUCCUUUUUAUCACUGCUGAAAAAUAACAGGGUAGUUAAUGAAUUUCCUGGCAUUGACAGAAUUAGAGGCUUAUUCUCAGGGGGUGUGAAGAAUAAUUAUAACGGCGCCUUCGAGGCUGAAGUCUGUCCAACAAAAUCUGUAAUAGAGCAAGGAGAUCAGAGUGUAGUAGGGUCUCUCUCAGAGCUCCUACAGAUUUAAAUGUGCCCCUUUAACAUCCAAUACAUAAAUGUUUUGCACUAUACAGAAUAAAUGCAGAUACAUUUUAACAUAUAGUAGAUCAUGUUAAUAAUAAAUUGAUAGUACUAUAGCUAACUACUAGAAUACUAUAAUGUGCCCAAAUCAACAUUCCUUCAUCAUUUUAGGAACAUGAAAAGAAAGGCCUAUUCACCCUAACUAACUUCCCUCUUAAUGUUUACCUUAAUCCUGUUUUACAGAUCUAUACCCUUCUGUCUGCUCCUCCAAAAACAAAUGUUAGGUAUCAACUGCAUGUAAUACAUUAUACGUAGUGGUGUCUGUUGUACACUUUUAAGUUUUGUCUGCACUGAGAAAAAGGAAUCAGUGCUUUAACAGUUUAAAUAUAGUUCAGACACGUUAUGCUGAACCUGCUUUAGCUGUUUUUCUUUCCCAUGGCUUAGCUGAUUUUUUUAAAUGGUUCCUACAAGGUUUUUUCUCAUCCACAGCAGUCAGCCAAAGAGUUUAAAAAAUAUAGUUCAUCAGGAGCCAUGUAUUUAUACUGUUUUCUUUCCAGGAUAGAUGGGGUCUUUUUCCUUUUAUGUGAAUUUUCUGAAACAAUAUAGUUAUAAAAUGGGAAACAACUACGUUGUCACUAUAUAAAGUAGUUCUACUUAAAUUACCUCUUUACGCGGUUUCCUAAAUUUUCUGCUUAUUUCAAAACUCUCAACAGCGUCCAUUGACUAUCAGUCCUUUUGUAUUUUUAAAACCCUGGGUUUACAUCCCUUGGCAGUUUUUUGGGCUCGCAGGGCUCAAGCUGCAGAACUGUUUCAUUGCUGUUUAGACUUCUGGGCUAAGGCUGGAGCCCUGGGCUCUAGGACCCUCUGCGGUGGGAGGAUCCCAGAACUCAGGCUCCAGUCUGAGCCCAGAAGUCUACAUGGCAGUGAAACAGCCCCAUGAGCCAAAGUUGCUGAAGGCUGAGCUGUGUGAACCCCUGAGAGGGAGAGAACCUGGUGAGAGAAAAUUGAGGCAGGGAGUGCCUACAGUGCCAAGUAUGGUCAGAAGGGGGCACUUCAGGGCUGGCAUGCCCUGUGAUACAUCCGCUGAACAACGUACAAAGUUAGUAACUAAGGGUAUGUCUACACUACGAAAUGAGGUUGAUUUUAUAGAAGUCGAUCUUUAGACAGCGAUUUUAUACAGUCGAUUGUGUAUGUCCCCACUAAGCGCAUUAAGUUGGCAGAGUGCGUCCUUGAUACCAUGGCUAGCAUUGACUCACGGAGCUAGCUAUCAUGGCUAGCAUUGACGCACUGUUGGUAGCUAUCCCGCAGUCUCCGCUGCCCGUUGGAAUUCUGGGUUAAGCUCCCAAUGCCUGAUGGGGCAAAAACAUUGUUAUGGGUGGUUUUGGGUACAUGUCGUCAGUCUCCCCU